AAUGAAUCGAUAUCUGCAGCCGGCUUUAAGGCUUAGAUUAAUAUGUCCAUCAAGUUAUACUCAAAAGAGGACAUAUAGCAAGACAUUUGCAGAAAAAUACCUAUCUACAGACUUCCCUCCUAUAGGUGCUGCAAAUCAAAUCUUAGAAACAGUUCACGACUUCACUGGAUUGCCAUGGUGGGCUACAAUUGCUAUUACUACAGUUAGUUUAAGAACUGUUAUAACUAUGCCCCUUGCGAUAUACGGUCAACGAAUAAUGGCGAAAUUAGAGGCUCAACAGCCAGAACUUAAGGAAAAAGCUGGUAUUCUAUUGAGAGAAGUAGCUCAUGCCAAAAAAGAACGAGGUUGGACUCAGAAGGAAGCCGAAGCUCAGUUUAAGUUAAAUCUGAAACGAAUAAUUAAAGAAAUCUAUAUAAGAGAUAAUAAUCAUCCCAUGAAAAGUGGUUUGGUAAUGAUCUUUCAAAUACCCCUAUGGUUGUCAAUGUCGUUUGCUUUGCGUAACAUGACUGGCUCAUUGCAGUUUGGAACAACAAGGAACUCACCACUAUGUCCCGAUAUGGCAAACGAAGGAACAUUGUGGUUUCAAAAUUUAAUACUUCCAGAUUCUACAUGGCUAUUAUCACUGUGCCUUGGAACAACGCAACUGGCUCUUUUAAAAAUGUUCCCCAUCAAAGGAGAUGGAAAAUUGGCUAAAACUAUUAAGUAUUCGUUAGGAUUUUUUGCAGUUUUAAUUGUUCCCAUCAGUGCACAAUUACCUGCCGCAAUGACGUUUUACUGGCUAGUCUCAUCUCUCUUUGGAUUCUGUCAAAAUUUACUUUUAAGGCAUCCUUCUGUUAAGAAAUUAAUAAAGUCAAAUAUAAAAAUAAAAAGUAUAGAAAAACCAUUAUAG